AUGAACGUCACAGAAGUGGAAGAGCAUAUCACAUUAAAAUACGAAAUCCAGCGAAGACUCGGAAAAGGGGCAUAUGGAAUUGUCUGGAAGGCCAAGGACCGGAGCACAGGGGAAACAGUGGCGGUCAAGAAGAUAUUCGAUGCCUUCAGGAACAGAACUGAUGCUCAGAGGACGUUCAGAGAAAUCAUGUUCCUUCAGGAGUUUGGGGCUCAUCCCAAUAUCAUUAAACUACUGGAUGUCAUCCGGGCCAGAAACGACAAAGACAUUUACUUGGUCUUUGAAUAUAUGGACACCGACCUGCAUGCAGUAAUUAAGAAAGGCAAUUUACUGAAGGACAUUCAUAAACGCUAUGUCAUGUACCAGCUCCUCAAGGCCACGAAAUUCCUUCACUCUGGAAACGUUAUUCACAGAGACCAGAAGCCCUCCAACAUACUGCUAGACUCAGACUGCUUUGUCAAACUAUGUGACUUUGGCUUGGCCCGGUCUCUCUGCCAAAUCCAAGAGGAUUCUGGGAACCCUGCACUGACAGAAUAUGUUGCCACGCGGUGGUACAGGGCUCCAGAAAUCCUCCUGGGCUCCGCUAGGUACACAAAAGGUGUGGACAUGUGGAGUAUAGGCUGCAUUUUGGGAGAGAUGCUCCUGGGCAAACCCCUGUUCCCAGGAACGUCCACCAUCAAUCAGAUCGAGAAAAUCAUGAGUGCCAUUCCGCACCCCACACCAGAGGAUGUCCUGUCCAUUAGAUCAGAGUACGGGGCCUCUGUUAUUCAGAGAAUGCUGCUAAGACCACAGGUGCCGCUAGAUGAGCUCCUGCAGUCUUCAGCGCCGCCCGACGCCCUGGAUCUUCUGCAGCGCCUGCUGGUCUUUAACCCAGACAAGAGACUGACUGCUGAACAGGCCCUCCAGCACCCUUAUGUGGCCAAGUUUCACAACCCGGCUAAAGAGCCCAGUUUAGACUAUGAUGUAAUAUUACCUGUGGAUGAUGAUGUCCAGCUUUCUGUCACUCAGUACCGGAACAAACUCUACGAGAUGAUUCUGGAAAAGAGGGCCAGUCACCAAAUACAGCGAAAGCUCCAUCCCAACCAGACGAUGGAGGAGAGGGCCAGUUGUGAGGACAGUGGGACGGACGAGGCUGAGGCAAAGGAUGGUGGCUGUCAGAAGGAAGGAGGUGAGGUGGAGGAGAGCGAAUCACCCUGUGAAUCUCAGGACCACCCUGCAACCCAGCCAGUCAUCAGCAAAGCCUCCCCUCCACAGGAACACAUGCCACCAGUUCCAGAGAAAAUGAGCCCUGCAGUUAGCCCCAGUGUGGCCAAGGUCUCCUACAACCCCAUCACACACAUGCCCAAUAGUGUAGUGAAACCAUUCCACAAUUCUUCAUCAUCGCCCCAGCACCCACGCUUUGGACGGAGGAUGGUUCAGCCGACCCAGAAUCCUGAGAGUGUUGGCAUAUUUCCAACAGAGGGAGCUAACAGCACCACGACACCUGAUCUCCAUUUGCAGCGUGGUCAGUCGGCCCCUGUUGCCCGCACACGCUCUUUCUCCCUCACUCUCUCUCGGACCCAGAAUGACCCUCUUGUCCGGAAGGAUGAACCCACCGCCUCACCUGGACUCUCCGUCACCUCUGCACGCCUGAACCAGCGGUCGCAGACCCAGACGCGAGAGCCGCGGCCCCAGCCGAGGUUUAGCAAGAAGAUGUUUCAAAACAACUCCAACGUCGCGGCAGCAGGAGACCCACGAGCCAGGCUCGGCGGUUACUCCCAAGCCUACGGAACAAUCAAUAAGACAGAGCUAGAAAAGCUCCUGAGGACUCGUCACAAUGUGUAAUGCCUCCUUCACACGGACCUGACGUGGGCUGGAGUGAAAGUGCUUGUGGGGUUAUCUGGCAGAAGUGGAGAUGGAAACUGUGAGGUGUGAAG